GAACUCCACCCAAACACACGCGACUGAAAAGGCAAAGCGAGUGUUGGAGAGAGUGAGUGAGUGAGAGAGAGAGAGAGAGAGAGAGAGAGGUGAAAUGGACUUCCAUAACCAUUUCAACACCACCAACAGAGCGGAAGCGGAGCGGUGGCUGAGCACCGCCGUGAAGCUACUGACGACACGUGACCUGCACGGGACCAAGAGCUUCGCGAUCCGUGCCCGAGAGUCCGACCCGAGGCUGGGCGCCACCGACCAACUAAUCGCCGUGGCCGACACGCUCCUCGCCGGAGAGUCACGGAUCAACAACCAGCCCGACUGGUACGCGAUUCUUCAACUGGCCCACCGCACUCACAGCCUUGAGCUCGUGGCGACUCAGUACCGUCGCCUCGCCCUUCUCCUCAACCCUCAGGCCAAUCGGUUUCCUUACGCCGAUCAGGCCUUCCGUCUCGUCUCCGACGCCUGGACCGUGCUCUCAAACCCCUCCAAGAAGGCCCUCUACGACCACGACUUGAAUAUCUACUCCCGGUUCGACUCGCCUCCGCCCUCCUCCGGGUCAACUCAGUUGUUUGAAAGGCAGUUCUUGCAAAUGCAUGCACCACCGCCACCGCAACAACCAUUUCAACAGCGGCUGCAGCCACUUCAGCGGCCGCAGCAGCUGCAGGCUCAACCGUUUCCGCACCAAUUACAACCGCAACCACUUCAGCAGAGACCACAACCGCCACCUCAGGCACAAGAAAAGAGACAGCCACCACCGCCGCCGCCGCCGCAAAAUCAACAAUCACCACAGAAGCAGCAGCAGCAGCAGAAUAAGCCAGUGAGAAAAAGCCCAAGGAAGAAGGACGGAAGAGUGGCCGGUGAGGAAGAAACGCCGAAUCCUAACAAUGUGGCUAACAAUGUGACUGAGUUUGAGCCAGAGUCAGCUGCCCCUCUCCCAUCUGAGUCGCUUAGUACAACUCAGGUGCAAGCGGAGUCUGAUUCCGGGAAUUUCUGGACGGCAUGCCCCUACUGUUAUCACCUCUUUGAGUACUCGAGAGUUUAUGAGGAGUGUAUGCUUCGGUGUCAAAACUGUAAGAGGGCUUUCCAUGCUGUGGUGAUAUCGACACCGCCUGUGAUGGACAAUGGGGAAGCAAAUUUCUGCUGCUGGGCCUAUUUCCCAAUGGGGUUAUCAGGGAGUGUUAAAGAUACAGGAGGGUCAUCUAACUGGACUCCCUUUUCAACUAUGUUUGCUUGCCCUUUACCGGGUACUACGAAGAAAGUUGGGAGACCUAAGAACGCUGCUAUGGGGUCAAGGGUUUACUACGACGAUGAUGACGCCUUUCUUGACAUUUCCGAUCCCAGUGAGGAAUCCGAUGAUGAGUGGCAGAAGGAUAAGAGGAGGAAGAAGAGAGCAGGAAGACCAAAAGGAAAAGCUUCCACUUCUAGAACCCCUGCAAGAGCUUCAGAGAGAUUAAGGAAGGUGACUCAAAAUGUUGGUGGGCAGGGCAUGGUGAGUAAUGGUGGGACACUGGGUGCUGUGUCUGCAUCCAAUGGGGAAUCCAGUAAGAAGACAAGUGCUAGUGCAAGAAAGCGAGGUGCUGCUACGUUGGGAAAAUUGGAUUUGAAUGUGGAGUUUAGUAAUAAUGAGGUAGAGGAGCAUGCUGCUCAGACAAUGAGUGAUGGGAACGGGACAGCAAAUGGGGAGGAGGAUAAUAUUGAAGGGAUUGAGUUCUUCGAAGGUCUUGAUGAGUUCUUGAGCAGUCUGCCCAUACUCAAUGUUGUUGGCAAUGACAAGGUAAAGGCUAAUUAGUGAAGGGCAAGACUUUACUUUUUCUCAUUGCUGCUUUAGCUGUUGUAGUUGCUUUUCGGAUGCAUGAUGUAUUGAAAGGUGAAGAAGAGCUUCUAAGUGUUUUGUUUAAUGGCUCUGUUAUUUUGAUGUGUAAUCUGCGGCUAUGUAAACUUAAAUCUAGCUCUAGCUCUUGAAAUGUUAGUUCAAUUUCUGUA